AAUAAUAACAUACUCAGUGAAUAAUCACUCCCUGCUGAAAACUUCCUAUAAGUCAAGAAGUGUCUCACACAAUGAAAGGCCAUCUAUACGCUGUAAGUGUCAUAAGACUUUAGAAUGGAACGUGGUAUAAGUCCUACAUUUUUUAAACAACAUACUAGAUUAUAAUGUUUUAGUGUUAUGAACCGAAAUAAUAAUUCUCACCAGUACACUCCACCAUCAACCAUACGUCGAAAUUCAACAUUAAAUCCAAACGUUAAUUUAUCGUAUUAUAAUCAACGUUCUCGACAACAAUUGAAUAAUCCUUUCACUUAUACUCCCCAACUAACUAUGGUUGAUUCACGUACACAACAUUUCCUCUCACAACCUCCUCCAAUUCAUCAGUCAACCAUUCAUCAACAGUUUCCAAAUUAUAAUGCUUCAUCACUAUUUGAUUUAGAAAAUCCUGAAUUAAAUCAUGAUUUCUUUACAUCGCCAACAUUUACUACACUUUCUCAUCGUCAGCCACAACAACAACAACGUCGCACUAUGCAUAGACAAUCGUAUGUUCCACCAGUUUAUUCUACUGCGACUACAAACAUUUUUAGUGGACAACAACGGCUCGAUGAUGAUAAUAAUCGAUUCAAAGUCCUGGAGGAUCAGCCAUCAUCUCAUUAUACACCAUUAUCAUCUCGUGAAUCGUCGAAUGACUCCUUCGCAUCACGUAUGGACAUAGCAAAUGACAUACGUGCCCGUCUAUUAAAUGAUAUUCAACGGUCAAUUACAGAUUUAGACGACGAAAUACAAUCAUUAGACGGCAAUAGAUCACGUUAUUUAACAACGAAUACAAGAUAUAUAACACCUCAAUCAAGAUUUUCACCUAUCAUUGAACUCGAUAUUCAAGACGAUAAGCCGAAUCCAUCCAUUCUUGAUAAAUUUAUUCAUUCAACACUUUUUUCACAAAAUGAUAAUAAUAAUAAUAAUAAUAAUAAUAAUAAUAAUCGAGCUAGACUGUUGUCAUCGCAGCCAACAUCAGCCAUAGAACAUUUAUCAUUGAAUGAUAAUUCAUUAUGGCCACAAAAACAAAAACGUGCUUAUGAAGUUAUACCGCGUUUGACUAAAACAUCGCGACAAUCAUCAAGUACUACUAAUAAUUUCCUUGCUAUAGUUGAAUCAGAACCUACAGAGAAUCAACCGAUACCAAUAGAAUCAUCAUCUUCUGAUAAUAAUCGUGAAGAACAAACGAUCGAUCAUGUAAAAAGCGCUCAGCGAAUUGAAGACGACUUGCCAGUUAUAAACAAAGAUUCAUAUGAAACUAAUCAGCCUCCAACUGAAGACAAUUUGAUUUCUAAUGAAAAACGUUCUAGUACACAAGUCUAUCAUUAUGGUCCAGAAAUAGACGAAAUUGAAAUUCUCUCGAAUCAUCCAGAAAAUGUCGAUAUUUAUGAGACACAUAUUGAUUCAAUCAAGGAUAAUGAUGGUGAUGAUCUCAAACCAUUGACCAUCGAUCAAUUUUUACGUGAUCGUUCUACUUCACCAAGAAGUCGUGUGAUGUUAACGGCGAAUAUUUAUAGUGGUGGAAGUGAAAUAUUGGACAAUGAAACACAAGAUAUACUUCAUGACGCUUAUGAUGUAGCUAGAUCUCUAUUAAAUAGUCCGCAAACAGAUUUAGCUGAAACUAAAGAUUUACAUUUAGAAAAUUUAAAAGAAUUAGUACAGAUGGCGAAAGAAAUAGAACCAAAAGAGAAAAAUCGUGAUAUUUUAACGCUUGCCCCUGGACCAACGAACACAGAAAUUCUACUUAGUACACCAAUAGAAAAACAUUCAAAUGAUACUUCUAAUUUAAGUGUUUCAAGUGCAAAAACUUUAGACUUUCAAAAUCAUACUAUUCUAUCUAAAGCAAUUAAACAUUCAAGAUCGGCUGCGUUACCGGUGAAUGACGCUGAAAAGAAUGAUAAGACAAAUAUAGCGACAACUGACACUACUAUUUCAAAUAAGCAGCCCUAUUUUUUCAGUGAUUUUGGUAAUGAUGAUGAAGAAAUGGUUUCUUUAGAUACAAAUAAUUUUGUUAAUAAUCUGGAUACAACUGGCGCAGCUGAUGGUGGUAGUGGUGGACAAUCCGAUUAUGUUUCAAACAAUAACAAUGCGUUUAUUAUUCCGCAAGGUGAAGAAGAAAAGAAUAAUUUUUCUACUACACAACAACAAUUUAAAAGAAAUAAUACAGUAUUAAACGAACAAAAAGAAAAAAAAGGAAUUGAUGAAAACAUGAGUUCACCUGUUACAACGACAUUUGAAAAUAAUCAUCAUACCAACAACGACAAUGGAAAUAUUUUAAUAACGAAUUCAAAUCAAGACCGAGCGAUAAUAUCUCAAUCAGCUAUUAGUCAUAAUAAAUUAGCGGAGACGACCAUGGAUGAGGAAACAUUACCUAAUAUACAACAUUUACAACAAUCGGUAGACAAUAAAGAUUCUCAAUCCACGCAUUUUCCUAGUAGACCGGUAUCAUCAAAAUCGCAUAAAGAGCCGGCUGAUGAAGAAAAACAAGGUGCCAGUAGACAUUCCAGUUCAAAAAGCCGUCGUCCACACUCUCGAUCAUCUGCAAUUGUUAGCCCAAACGUCGAUGAGAAAUCAGUUCUCGACUUGAGACAAUCGGUGAUGAAUCGAGAAGAACGUAAAUCCGCAAGAACAAAUUCAAUCGAUUCGUUGAAAAAUGAAAACGUACAAGAAUCACGCCCAAAUCCUCAUGCCGCAUCACGAAAUUCGCUUGUAACUAGUCCGCACGCAGCGGAAAUUGUAGCUACCACUCUAGACGGGAGGCAUCGAUCACGAAAAAACUCAUCGAAUGUCGUAAAUACGUAUAACGAACCGCAGCGUAUCAGUAGUCGUUCACCAUCCAGUCAGUCAAAAAAACGAUUAUCAUCUCAAAAUUAUGGAAGGGUAAAUUCGCCACCAACAGAUGGAGCGCUCAUGGCUGACGAUUUAAAUACUUCUUCUGUCUCUCACAUGACCCCACAACCACCAAGCAAACAUAUUUCUGCAAGAUCCACUAGAUCACAAGCACAAGACCAAGCAGAUGAUGAUUCACAACUCUCUCGACAAAAUUCUAAUAUACAUGAGAUAAAUAAACAUAGCGAAAGUCCAAUAGAAGGUCCAUAUUCAAGUGCUGACCUACUAUCAGACGAUGAACUAAACGAUGAUAAAACGAUUGCUGACCUCCUUAAAAAUAUUCCACAGUCAUACGAAAAAGAUCCACCAGUUAAACGAAAUACGCAUUCAUCAACAAGUAACAGUUCAUUACCAGUGCAACUCACCAAUGAAGAAAAAUUAUCCGGACCAUUGAAUUCAGUCGAUAAUUCAUUAGCUCCAUCUCGUAAUCAAUCGCCAACUGUUAUCAGUCGAAAGAAAUAUUCAAUAACAUCCAAUCCAACAGCCGAUAAUGUCGAUUUUGUUACAGCACCAGUCAACAAUGCCAUAUUAUUGCAAACAACAACAGAUGACACUACUACCACAACAACUAUCACAGUAUUUGGUCAACAAAACGAACAAAAUACAAUUGAACAAACAAUUACCAUUGCUCCAACGCAUGUGCAAGAUGAACCAAAGUCUUUGGAAAUCGAAUUUAGACAUAACACUAGCCCUGUUUUAUUGCCAACACCACAAGAAACAAGAAAAAAUUCUAGUGAAGCUGUACAGUCAGUCAUUAGGCAAAAUGAUGAAGAAAAUAUACGCAAUUCAAAUCGACAUUCCACGCCUUCUAUAAGAGAAACUCCCAUCCCUUCGCCUACUCCAUCUUCGAAUUCGUUAAGAGAUAAUCUCGACGUACCUCCGCAGAGUCCAGUGGAGAGAAUCGAGUCGAAAUCACAAUUAGACAAGCCACCAGCUCCAAAAUCACCGCAUAAAGAAGAGAAAACCGCCCCAUCUACACCUCCGUUUUCUCCAACGGUAAAUGAACAAUCAGUAGUAGCAGCAUCACCACCGUUAGAAAUCGAACAACUACCACAAUCUGAAAAAUCAGUAUCAACAAGCAAUAAUCAAGACGAACAAGUCACUAAUAUCAUACGAGAUGGUACUCCCUUAAAUUCGGGCACUAUGAAAAACAUACAGAGACAACCACAAUCGAUGAAUAAUGACGUAUAUAAUGACGAGCAAGAUGAGCAAAUAUCAUCGCCAUCACCACAAUCCGAAAAUAAUAACCAAAGCCCAAUUCUUCAUUCAGAAAAUUUAACUAAAUCACAAUCACGUUCUCAAUCACCCGAUCGAUAUCAUUAUGCGCCAACAUCAUCAUCUCCAAUAGUGCGACCUACUAUGGAACUAAUACAUGAUAAAGUUGAACAUCAUUUGACACCGAGUGAAAUAAAAUCCAACCUGUCACUAAAGCCAAGAAUAAAUCAACAUCUAAAAUCAAUUGAAUUUGAUACAGAAAAAAAGAUUCUUGAUUAUGACGAAAAGAUAGCAGACAAUAACAUUGAUGAUGGCCAGGAAGUGGUAGAUCAAGAGAAGAGACCUAAAAAAAAGAAAAACCGCAAUCGAACCGUAUCAUUUUCGAAUACAGAACAUUUUGAAAUGGAAAAACGAAAAUUGAUGACAAAUUGGAGAGAAAGAGUGGCAGAAAUAUUGACAAAUAAAAGUAAAAGGAAGAGUGUAACGAAAGUUAAACUAAAACCAAGAAUAGAAGAAGAAAAAAUUAUAGAAAAACCAGUACAGAAAGAAGAAUCAGCACCACAACUUUUCGGCCGUCUCUGGUGUUUGCCCGAUGGUACACCCACGAUUUAUAGUGAACCACUUGAAUGGAAUGCGGUAUCAAGACUAAAAUCAUAUUCGUUUGAAAAUAUUUAUUAUGAGCCGUAUCAUCGUGAGUUCAAAAUAUUUAGCCGUAUUCCAAAAUGGAACAGUGAAUCAAAAUUAGCAGCAGUUAUUAGAGAUAAUGCUAGUAUUACACCAAGACAGCGUCACCAACAACUACCGCAACUGCAGUCUGUGCAACAACAGUACCCAUACCAGCAGAAUCAGCAGCAGCAAGCACAAACAGAAAAAAAAAUCUAUGAUGUACAAACCGAAUGGCGUGCAGAAUCAAAAAUAAAACAAAUAUUCUAUGAAAAUAUGUCAUACAAUUCGAGGCCAUCGGAUAAUAUUAUAUUUGAUGAAAAACUGAUUUGGACAGCUCAACCCAAACUUAAAGCAGCAACAUGGGAUAAUAUACAUUAUCAACCUCAACAAUCAAAAGUGCAAAUAUUUAACAAAAGUGUACAUUGGAGUAGUGAAGCAAAAAUACGCACAAGAUCACCAUCUUAUCCUUCUCGAAUACAAAUGAGACAAGUGCAAAUCUUUAAUGAAAAACCACACUGGGAUACAGAAGCAAAAGUACAAUGUUGGAGUGAAAUUGAUCUAAGUAAACUAAAACUAACACAUCCAAAAAAACUUCUCCUUUCUAGAGCAGAUGAUCCAAAAUGGAGUGAUAUUGUAACAGCCAGAGUUGAAGCCACAAAUCCAGAUUACCAUCCACUAGCACAUCAAGUCGAAGUAUUUUCAGAUAAACCAUUUUGGACGAAAGACUCGAAAUUAAAAGAUUAUGUUUGGGAAAAUUUUGAUUAUAAAAACAAUCCACCACGCCAGCAAGACGAUCUCCCAUCAUUGGAAAUCCAAAAUGUUGACGAACAGUCAUCACGUGAUCGUCCAAAAUGGAAUAUGGUAUCUAAAACACGAUCAGUGAAUACUGUUUAUAACCCACACGUUCCUCCAGCUAGUAUAAUACGACGAAGUUGGGACAGAGAGCUUCGACGAAAACGUGUACAUAGAUUACCACCAUUAAAACGGAAGAAAAGUGAGAAAGUAGUACCGUUACUACCAUCACUAUCAGGACAAGAGCCAAUACCGCUCCAACAAUCGACAGAUGACUACAACCAAGAACAAUCUGUGCAAGAACGAACAAGUUAUGAUUAUUUAUCAUCAAGACGUUCGAGCAAAGUAUUACCAGCCACUCACACCCAUCAAAAACGAGUAUUUUCCGAAUUUGAUAUUCCAUUAGAAACACCAAGAUCUCGGCGAAGAACAGAUAUGCGUCCAAUAACAAAUGAAUCUUAUCGUGAAUUGAAUGGUUCAGUGAAAUCAAAUACACCACGGGAGUUAUUUACGAUGCGUUCAUCAACACGAAAUAGUCAAACGAAUCCCAGUGUUAUGAGUGGCACAUUGUUGGAUUCUAGCGUUCACACAAACAGAGCUACAGAACUAAGAUUAGCAAAAGAUAUGGAUGAAGCCCAUUGUCACAUACAUACGCCACAUGAAUCGAUGCCAAUAGAAAUUCGAGGUUUCAAGCUUGAGGGUACACGAUUAAUCGUACCAGAUGAUGCAACAAUUCGUCCAUUAUCAAAUGUUAGUUAUCGUGGUGCUGAACGUGUUAAAAGUCGUCGAGUUUAUCCAUGGAAUAAUAUGAAUCCACUCACAAGUAGUCGAAAUAGUUCUCUAGGGCCAAUAGCUGAAUUUCAACGACCAUCAUUAGACACGACUAUUGAUUCACGUCGUAAAGAAAAUACUAUUCGAGAAGAUGUUUGA